AUGAGCGAUACCGAGAAACCUCAAGCCAUGGCCCACGAGAAGCCUCUUGCUGAGGACACCUACCUGGAAGAUGAUCCGCAUCGUGCCGCGCUUGAAGACAACCCCGACAGGCCGGAGAAGCUCACCUGGGGCACGGUGCUGUCUAUCUUCUUUCUCGGCCUCGCUUUCGUGGGACCCGUGUCGGGCGGUUUCCUCCUGAUAACCGCGAUCUUGUUCCAGAUCGGAACCGAGCUGGGAGAUGUAUCAAACAUCGCGUGGAUGCCCGGUGGCUGGUCCAUUGCGUCCUCGGUCUCCUUCUCCAUUGCAGGCUCGCUCAGCGACAUUUUUGGCCGCAGAUACGUGACGCUCAGCGGCCAGCUCUUCGCCGUGGUUGGCGCGAUUGUCGGCGCGACCGCACAAACCACAACAACCGUCGUCGUGGCGUGUACCUUGCUCGGGUUUGCAACCGGCAUCAUCUUCGUGGCGUAUGCGGGUAUUCCUGAGUUGCUUCCCAAUAAGUGGCGAAAUGUCGGCCUCGCGUGGACCGAAGGCGCCAUGGCCAUCCCCUGGGCGAUCUGCGGUGUCAUCAUCGCCAACGAGCUCGUCUCCAAGGCCUCGUGGCGAUGGUGCUUCUACAUCGCCAUCAUCUACGCGGUCAUCUCCUUUGUCGGUACAGCGCUCGUCUACUUCCCGCCGUCGCGUCCGCGGCGAGACUACGAGAAGACGCGAUGGCAGGAGAUCAAGGAGAUCGACUACAUGGGAAUCAUCUUGUAUACGUCAGGCUUGACCGUCUUCCUCGUGGGCCUCACCUGGGCCGGCACGCCCGCGCACCCGUGGAAGAGCGCGUCGGUCAUCGCACCGAUCGUCAUCGGCGUGCUCGUCUUCAUCGCCUGCUUCGUCUACGACUUCAUCGUGCCCAAGCAGCCCUUCUUCCCGCUCGACUUGUUCCGCCGGUAUCGGGAAUUCACGGUCCUCCUCGUCGUCGUCUUUGUCGCCGGCAUGAUCUUCUACUCCAUGUCCGGCAUCCUGCCGCAGGGCACGCUCUACAUGUUCGAGAGCGACGGCAUCCAGAUCGGCCUGACGCAGCUGCCCAACGGCAUUGGCAAUUUCGUCGGCGGCACACUCAUGCCCGCCAUCGCCCACAAGAUCAAGCACUUGAAGAUGCAGAUGAUCGUGGCGCUGACCAUCCAACUCGUCUUUGUCGCGCUCUACUCGGUCGCCGUGCCGCAGAACAAAGCCGCGUGGAUGGCCUUUCAGUUCUUCGGCCAGGGCUGCUUCGGCAUGAUCACCCUGCUGUGUUACUUUAUCGCGGGUCUGCAUGUCCCACUCCGCGAACUCGGCAUCGCCUCCGGCCUCAUCGGCACGUUCCGCAGUGCGGGCGGCAGCGUCGGCAACGCCAUCUUCAACACGAUCCUCACCUCGGUCGUGACCGUCGAGAUGCCCAAGCGCGUCACCGCCGCCGCCCUGGCCGCCGGCUUCCCAGCCGCGAACCUCGAGCAGCUCAUCCCCGCGGUGGUCGGUGCGGCGACGGGCGUGCCCAACGCGUUUGGGGCCGUCGAGGGUGCGACGCCCGAGGUGCAAGCCGCGACGCUGGCCGCCUUCCGCGGCGCGUAUGGGUAUGCUUUCAAGCGCGUGUUCUGGGCGACCAUCCCGUUCGGCGUCAUCGCCAUCGUUGCGGCGUGCUUUGUGCUGGAUUCGUCGCAGUAUUUGACGAAUCAUACAGCGGUACGGAUGGAGAAGGACACGGUUGGUGGCGCCGCUGCUAGGUCUGGACAGCAUCAGCAUCAGCAUCAGCACCAACGAGGCGGCGACGUGGAAACUCGUGAGGAGGCCGGAGAAGGUGUGAGCAAAACUUGA